CGUGUGGAGAAGCCUUGCCUUCGCCGUGGGGGGGUGUGGGGGCGUGCGGAGCGCCCGACCCGCCGCUGGCGGGGUAGACACCCCCACGACCAUCACCGCCACCGAGGAAGGGGCUGGGAAAAUGCGCGCGGGGUCCACCCGGGUGAAGCCGCAGCCGCAGCAGCAGCAGCAACAGCAGCCGCAGCAGCCAAAGGAGCAGCGCGCCCGGCGCUGAAGGCCUCGAGGAUUUGGGGGGGUCCUCGCAUCACCCCUUCCUUCCCCACCCCCCCGUCCCGUCCCCACCAUCACACCAUGAAGAAGACCCGGAGCACCACCCUACGACGCGCCUGGCCUAGCUCGGAUUUCUCCGACCGGGCCUCGGAGCGCAUGAGGUCCCGCAGCGAGAAGGACUAUCGGCUGCACAAACGUUUCCCCGCCGCCUUCGCGCCCCCGGCUGCGCGGGGCUACAUGACAUCAGGUGAUGUCUCACCCAUCAGCAUGUCUCCUAUCAGCCAAUCUCAGUUUAUUCCACUUGGGGAAAUCCUCUGCUUGGCCAUCUCAGCCAUGAACUCGGCAAGAAAGCCUGUGACCCACGAAGCACUCACGGAGCACCUGACCACGUGUUUCCCAGGUGUUCCCACUCCAAGCCAAGAGAUUCUCCGACACACGCUGAACACUCUGGUCCGGGAGCGCAAGAUCUACCCCACUCCCGAGGGCUACUUCAUCGUUACCCCUCAGACCUACUUCAUCACUCCCUCCCUCAUAAGAACUAACAGCAAAUGGUACCAUUUAGAUGAGAGGAUCCCAGACCCCUCUCAGUGCACCUCCCCACAACCCAGCACCCUCACGCCCUCGGCCUCAGGCUGCAUCCGGGAGAGGACCUUGCCCCGUAACCACUGCGAUUCUUGCCACUGCUGCCGGGAGGACACACACAGCAUGCACGCCUCCACACUGCAGAGGAAGUUCGCCAAGGACUGCAAAGACCCCUACGGCCCACUCCCCCUCUGCCAGGUGCCACCCCCCGAGAAGAGCAAAAGCACAGUCAACUACUCCUACAAGGCCGAGACACUCUCCAAAGCCAAGGAGGGCGAGAAGCAGUCCAAGAAAUUCGGCCUUAAGUUGUUCCGGCUGAGCUUCAAGAAAGACAAGACCAAGCAGCUGGCCAACUUCUCGGCUCAGUUCCCUCCUGAGGAGUGGCCCCUGCGAGAUGAGGACACCCCGACCACCAUUCCCCGGGAGGUGGAGAUGGAAAUCAUCCGACGCAUCAACCCGGACCUGACUGUGGAGAAUGUCAUGAGGCAUACGGCCCUGAUGAAGAAGCUGGAGGAGGAGAAGGCACAUCGGAGCAAAGCCGGCUCAUCCGCUCAUCACAGCGGCAGGAGCAAGAAGAGCCGCACGCAUCGCAAGUCCCACGGCAAAUCGAGGUCCCACAGCAAGACGCGGGUGUCCAAAGGGGACCCAUCAGAGGGCUCCCACCUGGAGAUCGCGCCUGGGGAUCGUGAGUAUGACUUCUGCGACCCAGUGACCAGGGCACCGCGGGAGGGCUGCUUCAUCAUCGAACACAAAGGCGACAGCUUCAUCAUGCACAGCAACACUGUCAUCGAAUCUCACUUCCCCAUGACCCCUGAAUGGGACGUGUCGGGGGAGCUGGCCAAAAGGAGAACAGAGAUGCCAUUUCCAGAACCUUCCAGGGGCAGCUCCCACUCCAAAGUGCACCGUAGUCACAGCCAUACGCAGGACCGGAGAUCCAGGAAUGAGCGGUCUAGCAAAGCCAAGGAGCGGUCCAGAUCCAUGGACAACUCCAAAGGGCCCCUGGGCACGUCUUCCUUGGGAACACCCGAAGAGCUGGGUGAAGGCUGCAGUCAGGAUGACACGGCCCCCAGCCAGUCUUACGUCGAUGACAGUACUUUGCGGCCGGCCCAGACGGUCGCCCUCCCUAGGGUGCAUGUAUUAGCCACGGGUUAUAAAGAGGUGUGUAUUCCAGAAAUAGUCAGUGGCAACAAAGAACCUUCUGGUACGUGCAGCCUUUUGGAACCGGGCAAGCCCACCGUGGAAGUGUUGCCUUCCUUCAGUGAACUCAACUCCUGUCCCACAAAAACGUCCACGGAUGAUUACUUCCAGUGCAAUACCUCCAGCGAGACGGUGCUAACUGCUCCGUCUCCUCUGGGCAAGAGCAAAGAGGACCAGGAUACGCUGACCUUCACAGAAGGGGUGAAAAAGUUGCCUCUGUCUGAGCGGCAGGCCCCCCAUUCCUCCAGGGAGCUUGUGGGACACAAGGAGGAGUCUCCCAAGGGGCCGGGUGGGGGCUUGUCAGAUGUGGCCGACGGGCGUCUGGUCCCGCACCACAGUGCCGAGGCCAGCACCCUAGACAAGAGGAAAGAGAUUUUCAGCAAAGACACUUUGUUCAAGCCCCUUCACAGCACCUUGUCUGUCAACAGCUAUCACAAGGCCAGCCUGUCCCUCCUCAAAGCUCACCCCAAGAGUCCUGCUGAUCCUCUGUUGGGACGGGGUGAGAAGCUGGAUGCAUCUCUGGGUUCCACUGGGCCACAAGCGGGCCCAGGGUUGUCUCAGAGGCAGCAGGAGCCAGGGCCCAACCAGGAGGCCUCUUUUGACUAUUACAAUGUCUCCGACGAUGAUGACUCGGAGGAAGGAGCCAAUAAGAACGCAGAGGAGGAGAAGAACCGAGAUGCCGUGGGCACCAUGCAGUGGCUCCUGGAGCGGGAGAAGGAAAGGGACUUGCAACGGAAGUUCGAAAAGAGCCUCACACUCGUGGCUCCCAAAGAAACAGACAGUAGCAGCAGCCAGAGGGCCACGCACUCGGCUCGCCUGGACAGCAUGGACAGCAGCAGCAUCACUGUGGACAGUGGCUUCAACUCGCCACGCACCCGGGAGAGCUUGGCUUCCAACACGUCAAGCAUCGUGGAGAGUAGCCGGCGUCAGAACCCCACCCUGAGCCCUGCCCAUGGUGGAGGGGGCGCCAACUUCAGCUUCCGAGCCAGCACAGACCCCGCCAGCAACGAAGCAGAGAAAUUACAGAAACCUUCCAACUGCUUGCAAGCUUCUGUGACGAGCGUGUGAUCGUCCUUCUGCCUCCGAUCUCCUGUCUCAUUCGAUCCAGCAAGUUUACGACACUGGGACUGAUGUUUACAUCUUUGGAAAGACAAGCAUCUCAACCACAGUUUUCGUGUUUACUUAAACUGUGCUGCUAAGUAGGUUAGGGCAAAACAACAACAUCAACAAUGGAACAGAACAGAACAGAACAAAACAAAAUAACACACAAAAACCUUUAUUUCAGAGUAUUGCUUUUUCAAUCUAUGGCUCUUUAGCAACAGACUAGCAGUAGGGUGAUAAUGUAUUCUUUUGCUUCACUGAUUGUAACUGAACACAUCUAGGGAAGUCUAGACACUGUAAGUGUGAUAAUGCAUUUUCAAUGUCAUGCCGUUGCUAAUUCCUUUUUAUCAAAUGCCACAGGUACAUGUAACUUCUGACCUCUGGUCAGAUGGUACCGCAGAACUGAUCCUUGACACUUCCCAAACAGAAAUCCCUAAAGCCACUCCAAAAUGUCCAAGGCAAGGGUCCACUGUGUGUGUGUGGGGAAAUCCAUGCCAAACUGACAGAUGGGGCCCAGCCCUUCGUGUGAAUGAGUCAUUUUGACACCAGUCAUUUUUCACUGUGAGUUUUCAUGAUGGGGGUUUGGGGUAGGAGUUCAUGGAAGUGUGUCGGAAGGGUUCGCGAGCAGAAUGCUGGGAAUGCUUGUUUUCAGAAUUUUUGUCUUACAUGGAACAGAUGCUUGUCUGCUUUAUUUUAAUUUUUUUUUUGAAACCUCCAUAAUCACCACCAGGAAUAUAGGCCUUGGAAGCUAAAGUGCACAGAGGAGAGAGGCUGAGGCCUGGGAGAUGGAGAGAGGUAGUAUGUGGAGUUUUUAAAAGCAUUGAUUGAAUAUGCAAGGGAGGACAUUUCCUCUUUUACUUAGGAUGAUCCUAUCUUCCUAGGCUAGACCCGAGAAUGAGUUUGUUUAAAAAGCAAAAUGUUCUUUGUGAUACAAACGAAGAGGAGGGCUGGAAGAUGGUAUUCUUUCUCAUGGAAGGAUGUAAAUCUAUUUUAUGUAGUUUUAAAUAGAAUGCCUAAAUUAGGCUAUGGGAAAUAAUUUUUAGUGGUUCUAGGAAAGAGCAAAAAAUAGGGAGUCAAACUUCAGGCCUUUUAUUCCUGGGAAGAUAUCUCUAGAAAAAACUUUAAACACUAAUUUUUGAUUAGAAAGAUACUGUGCCCAUGUAAUACACAGCAGAAUGUGCUCAUCGACAAGAAUGGUGCAAUUCAAACUUGGACUCCCCUCAAAUUGAUCAAAAUAAUGAUUAUGCAUACCCAACUAUGCCAGAAGAAUGUUUACAGAUACUUUGUAACCGAUUUCAGGAGGCAUUUCUAAAUCAGAUAGGUAGCUCUUAGCCCCGCUUAUUUCUAAAGGGUUUGUUAACAUUUUGCUUUGGUUUGUGCGGUCAUGUUGGAUACAAAAAUUCUCAGCAGCAAAAACAAAAUCCAAUACCUCCCUCAUUAUAAAAAUAAUUAGAAGCUUCAACCUUCUAAGAAAGAGACGUUUCCAAGUUCUCAAAAGUUUUCAGGCUGAAAGAUAAUAUGGGGUGAAGGCCCUUGCACGCAAAUAAUCCAGGUUCAAUCUCUGGCACCACCGAAUCCUCCAAGCAUGCACUGUCAGGAGUGAUACCUAAGUGCAGAGCCAGGAGUAAACCCUGAGCACAGCCAGCUGUGGCCCCAAAACCAAAAACAAAGUAAAAACAAAACAAAACAAAAAACAACAAGCCACUAACAUAUAAAGCUUUCACUUUUAUUAUUUCUUUUUAAAUGAGAACAGUGGAAUAACUUGAUAGAAAGUGGGAAACUCUGCAAAAGUUAUCUAGAGUCUAAGCAAAUGGUCUGAUACAGAAUUUUAUUUCCUUUUGUGGAAUGUGAUAUUUGGAGCCAUACACCAGAGCAUAGAGAUUCCCCCACCCCUGCCAAAAAAAAAAAGAAUAAAA